GUGAGAGGGUGAUUGCUGCUUUUGGGAUAUUGACAGUGGGACAGAAAAGAAAAAUUAACACACACACAAAAAAACACGCUUAUUUGCCUCAUCUCUGGACAGCUGACUUGAAGAAAGUCUUGCGGAGUCUUUCGCCUCGUGCGAUCGGCCCAGUGGGUUUUUGGAUGUGAGGCAUGAGCAAGAGACAGAAGAAGCACGGCGGAGGAAUAUACUAGCAUGCGCUUUGAAUUUAUGGAUGCGUGAUGCAAAUCUCGUCAUCAGCAGAGCGCUCGAGCACUAAACGCGAGCAGCCCGAUUUUUCUAACCAACACUCACAUUUGAGCCAUUGCUGUCACGAAGAAACACUAGAAGAAGACGUAAUUGCUGGUAAAUAACAGAAGACGAAGGAUACGUCAGGAUGAAACGGCUCAGGACUUCAAGCAGCAGUGACAGUUCAGACAAUGAAAGUCCCUCGACGUCCUUUUCCUCUUACAAGUAUGGAAGCAAACCAGGCACCCCCGCCUGUGCUCAGAAGAAACCGGCAGAGGUUUUCAGAAAAGACUUGAUCAGUGCAAUGAAGCUGCCGGAUUCUCACCACAUCUCUCCAGAGGAUUAUUACUUGCUGGCUGACACCUGGAAGCAGGAAUGGGAAAAAGGUGUACAAGUACCCGCCAGUCCUGACACCAUCGCUCAGCCCUCUGUGAGUAUAAUAGCAGAGAAGCCAAAGGAGGUCCUCUUCACCAAACCGAGGAAGUAUAUUCAGUGCUGGAGUCAGGACUCUACGGAGACGGGUUAUGUCAACAUCAAGGAGCUGGCAGAGGCCAUGUGCAGAUACGACCUAGAUGAUAUGGACCUGUACUGGCUCCAGCAGCUCAAUGCAGAGCUUGGUCAGAUGGGUGAUGGGCCGGUGGAUGAGUUGACAAUGGAACGGGUGAUGGAGGCCCUGGAGAGGCAGUGCCAUGAAAACAUGAACCAUGCCAUCGAGACAGAGGAAGGGUUGGGAAUUGAAUAUGAUGAGGACGUCAUCUGUGAUGUAUGUCGUUCGCCUGACAGCGAGGAGGGAAAUGACAUGGUCUUUUGUGACAAGUGCAACAUUUGUGUGCACCAGGCCUGCUAUGGCAUUGUGAAAGUGCCACUUGGAAACUGGCUUUGCAGAACUUGUGUGCUUGGCAUCAAUCCCCAGUGCCUUCUGUGCCCAAAAAGAGGGGGCGCAAUGAAGGCCACCAGGGCGGGCACCAAAUGGGGUCAUGUUAGCUGUGCUCUCUGGAUACCGGAGGUGAGCAUUGCGUGUCCGGAGAGGAUGGAACCCAUCACCAAAGUGUCUCAUAUUCCCCCCAGCCGCUGGUCCCUCAUCUGUAGUCUCUGUAAGCUCAAGACUGGAGCCUGUAUACAGUGCUCAGUUAAGAACUGCACCAUCCCUUUCCACGUCACUUGUGCUUUUGAGCACAGCCUGGAGAUGAAGACCAUCCUGGAUGAAGGUGAUGAGGUCAAGUUCAAAUCCUACUGCCUGAAGCACAGUAAACCCAAAGCAGGAGAGCCGGGCUUGAGCCCAGCCCGUCAUAAACCUCCGACCGAUACUGAGAAGCUGGGUCUGAGGGCGCAGAAACUUCAGGAGCUAGAGGAGGAGUUUUAUACACUCGUGCAUCCUGAAGAAGUGUCCCAGGACCUUGGACUGCCUGUCCACCUGCUGGAUUUCAUCUUUCAGUACUGGAAGAUGAAGAGGAAAAGCAACUUUAACAAAGCCCUGUUGCCACCGAAAGAAGAUGAAGAGAACCUGCUUCUACAGCCACAGGAGGACAGUAUCCACACACGCAUGCGCAUGUUCAUGCAUCUACGGCAGGACCUGGAGAGGGUGAGGAACUUGUGCUACAUGGUGAGUCGGAGAGAGAAACUGAAGCUGUCUCAAAGUAAAGCUCAGGAGCAAAUUUUCAAUCUGCACGUCAAGCUCAUCAACCAAGAGUUGUCUGCUGGGCUUCCGGUGUCAUCAUCUUUAGAGAACCUGCUGUUCCAACUUCCUCCCAGAAUAACCAUCAAGCUCAAAAUGCCCAAAGUGGCACUUGGCAAUGGCAAAACCAGCUCCAAAUCUGGUAAUGGACCUCUGUGCCCGGACAACAGCAGUAAUGUGUAUGACAGUGUUGAGGGCGGCAUUGGCCAGGGAAAACCGCAGCUACAUCACAGCCGGGCACGAAUAGAGGAGCGCGCUAACGGCCUCAUGCCUGCCUCUGUCUACAUACGGCGAGAUAGUGGAACGCCUCCAUUGGCUGUGAAAAAAACAGGCAAACCCCUGGCUCUGCAUGCUGCCCUCCAUGGUCAAUCACCCAAUGGAAAGGGCAAAGCCGAACAGGAGAAAACGCAUCAACUGAAAGCCAACGGCAUUAUAGAGAAGCAUGUACUUCAAAGAGACACUUCCUGUAAGACACCUACUGAGCAAGAAACACGCAUUGGGAUUUUAGGGAAAGGUCAAGCAAGUGGAUUCCACAAAACUUCCCUUGAGCACUUCAGUAGAUCCCUCAAAGAAGCAACUGUAAGUUUAGUACGAACUGAGGAUCUACGGGCCUUUGAAAAGAAUGCACGCAUGUCCUCUGGAUUCCCCAAGCCGGUUUCCAGUGAGCGGCCACUAGGUGGAAGCAGAGCAUUCCAAGACAGCGAUGGUUAUUGCCCAGAUGCAGAGCUCAGUGACUCUGAGCCUGAGGCUAAGGGGAAGUGCCGGCAGGGAAGUAGGGGCCAAAACCAGAGAACUCCUGCUGGGGACUACGUAAAGUCAGCGAAAACUCGAGCACAACUAUCUUUUACCUCUAGGACAAAGGUGCAAAGGUGACAAUCUUUUAAAGCCAUUAAAAAUAUCUCAAACCCACUGCUACAAAUUACUGUAAUCUUUCCAGUGGUAAUCAUAAGUGCCAGAUUUGCCCUCAGACCAACAUUUUUUUAUUUUUUUUUGCUUUCCUCUGUCGAUGAUCGGGCAAUGGUUUUUAGUAUGGUAUACUAAAAUAUACCAAAAUAUUCUCCCUGGUAGAUCGAUGCAGAUCCAUCUAUUUUUAUAAUGGGCCUCUCUGUUGGAUUGACAUGCAUCACUGUGUCUCUCUACCCAGCUCUAAUCCAUAGUGUUUCUGCGUUAGUUGGACUCAGUAAAUGAGAGCACACCAUGUGUGGCGUACAGUAGGUUUUAUGAGCCUUGAAGCCAUGUUUCUGUACAUAAUGAACCUCAGUUUUUGUAGACUGUACAUAGUAGUUUGUGUUAAGAUGUGAAUCACAUUGCUAAAGAUGGUUUCCACGUACUGAAACAUUAUCAUACUUUCUUACUGAUAUGGUUAUGCAAAUAAAUAAAGACUUAAGACCUCGGA